AUCGCCUCGCAUUUAUUCCCAUCCCGCCUCCUCAUAUCCCAAUCACCCGAACACUUCGUCAUGCCGGCUAAGGGAUCGAAAGCUACAGGUGGUGGUGCUUCCAAACAGAUGCACACGAGCGAUGCAUCGCGCAUACAGUCUGCUAACGCUAAGGCUGGAAAUGACGCUGGGAAGGGUACUUUCCCAGCUCGCGCCCAGGCUGCUGCCGCGCGUAACGCCAACGCCCCUGGAGCGGGUGCGGGUGCGGGUGCGAAGGCCGGCAAGGGCCCAAAGGCAUAACGGCGUGUCGUACAGAUGUCUGUGAAGAAUCGGGGUCAGACUCUAGAUUGUACGAUAGUUGAUGACG